AAAUACAUGGGUUCUUCACUGCCCAGAUGUCUUCUGUGGGUCACAGUGGGCACAACACUAGGUGGUGGCUUCUCCGUGGUACUCAGUCCACCAAUAUUCACCCUUUAGGCCUGAGCUGGCAGCCCCUCGACCCACCUGUGGACCCCAGCCCCUUCAUGGAAAGCCUAGAUCCAGGAACCCCCGGUGAUGGCUUCUGACAGUGACGUGAAGAUGCUGCUGAACUUUGUCAACCUGGCAUCCAGCGACAUCAAGGCGGCCCUGGACAAGUCUGCUCCUUGUCGCCGCUCCGUGGACCACCGCAAGUACUUGCAGAAGCAGCUCAAGCGCUUCUCCCAGAAAUACUCGCGUCUGCCCCGUGGACUCCCUGGCCGGGGCCCAGAGCCACACCCCAGACGGGCACCCGAUGACCGGUCUGGGAGGCCACCCCCAGAGGAAAGCAACCCAGGCUCUGCAGCUUCUGCCUCUGCAAGCGUAGGGGUCAGCCUGGAGCAAGCUCUGGGGCCCCUCUACCCGGAGGACACCCUCAGAGCUGGUGUCCCAGGGUCGGACCCCGACAACGCCCAGCCGGGUCAGGUGCCCAUGCGGAAGAGACAGCUGCCCGCUUCUUUCUGGGAGGAGCCGCAGCCCCCUCCGAGCUGCCCCACUGGGCCGGAGGGGCUUCCUUAUGAGGGCAAGAAGCCCUGCCAGGGCUUGGAAUGCCGGAGGCCUGAGCUUGCCCCCUCACCCAGGGCCCAAGUGGCCCGGGAGCCCCUGCGGAUGCCAGGCGGGGUGUCACUGGUGAGCAGGGCCGGUACCUGGAGCUGCUGCCCCUUCCAGUGCCAUGGACAGCCUAUCUACACUGGCCCGCCGGAGGCCCUGGCCCCAAGCCCGCUUCCCAGCCUGGGCCUAUGGCGGAAGAGCCCCCAGUUUCCCAUGGGAUUGACUCACCUCCGCAAGGACGUGGCUGGCCCGGGCCCCAAAGUAUACAGACCCCUGGUGCUGAAGCCCAUCCCCACCAGGCCUGCCGUGCCCUUCAAUGUCUUCAAUGUCUUUGGUUACCUCUAG